GGACCUACGACGUACCCUAAUUUGAAAAAAAAAAGUUUAACGUCUUUGUUUUUUGCUACUCCUAUUUGGUGCUGAGAAAAUAAAGAAGUUGCAGAAAUUAGGAAUUGGAGAAUUUCAGUGACGUUGUAUUAUAGAGUUGAAAUUGGAGUUAUAGGAUAUCGAAUAUCUUUUCCUUUGUGUUUUAGUUUUUUUUCUAACACGGGCAUCGUUGAUAAGUACUUGGAAGUUAAGGUUUUUUGUUUCUUUCUGCUGCAAGAUUGAAAUUAUUGAGUGCGGGGUGAUGUUUUACUAUUUUAUUUUGGUUUUUGAUUCAGGAAACUGUGAAAACCAAGCACCCUCAACUGUUGUAUGAAUCGAAGCUGUAUAAAAUUCUGCAAGGAGGAAGUAGGCUCUCUUCUUGGUGAAAUUGUUUUUGUGAAAUUUGUAUUUGUUGUUGGUUUGUGAUGCUUACUUAGCUUAAAUGUUUUUGGUUGACCAUUUUUAUUUGAGAGACAAUUUCUGACUAUUCUUAUGCUUGCUGAUCAGAUGGUAGGUUUUUCCCUAUUGCGGAGACAUCUUUCUUAAUUCUGACCCACCUUAAGUGAUGUUGUUUAUACAUUUUUAACUGCUUACAAAUAAAUCGAGUUGAAUUUGUUCAUUCCAAAUCUUUUUUACAUCACAACAUCAAACCAGACAACUUCCUUAUGGGUUUAGGAAGGCGUGCAAAUCAAGUGUAUAUCAUUGACUUUGGCCUUGCUAAGAAAUAUACAGACACAUCUACACAUCAGCAUAUCCCAUACAGUCUGCCUUGGCAGGGAUUGAAAGCUGGUACUAAGAAGCAGAAGUACGAGAAGAUUAGUGAGAAGAAAGUUUCUACUUCUAUUGAGUCUCUCUAUCAUGGCUAUCCCUCAGAAUUUGCUUCAUACUUCCAUUACUGUCUGUCACUGAGGUUUGAUGACAAACUAGAUUAUGCUUAUUUGAAAAGACUUAUGUGUGACCUUUUCAUUCGUGAAGGUUUGAGCCUUGUUCUUUUGUUUCUCUUUCUUCGAGCUCAGAACUUUCCUCAACAUUCCAAUUCCAAUUCCAAACCUCCCUCCCCUGACCUCCUCGACUGCAUCUCCCGCCUCCUCCUCCUCCGCCACCUUGCCUCCCUCAACGGCCUCUGCUUCCCUUUCUCAGACCCCCUUACUUCGGGUGUGCCGGGGGAGAGAAUCGAGUGUGUUCUCAUUGUGAGCUGGGAUUGUUCUCAAGGUGUUAAGAGAGUUGUGAUUGUUCUCUGUAUGGCUAUAUCUGGAUGGGUAGAUACUUGGGCAUUAUUCAAACUCCCUACUGCUGAAGCAUAG